CACGUUGGUUAUUGAAUUGAUUACACUCGAAAAAGUAAUGAAAUGCGUUUUCAACAGGAAAGGAACAAUUGCAAAAUGGAUACAGAAUUAUAUUAACUUUAUAGAGGUCACCAUUUAACGCACUACACCCAUGUCGGAGUCUUGUAUGUAUAACAUCAAGUUUUCUGUUUCCUAUGGUCAGUCUAGUUACAGGUUUUUUCGGUUUAAUUUUUUGUUUAAAUUUUGACACAGUUUCUGAAGACCGUAUUAAAAUGUCUAAAGAAUUCCAAAAUUUCACAGUACUAGGGAGGAAUGAUUUUUCAAAUAAUGUAAUUCUAUUACCUUCCCCCUACAAAGAAACAUUCAUACUCAUCUAUUACCCAGCAAUGGCCAAGUUUGCAGUAUUUGGGAGCAGCUAUGUUACUCGUCUUGAGAGAUAUUGUCAUGGUGAUCUUAAGGUUCCUGGCACCGUCAGAUUCUUCGGGAAGGGUGGCAUGCGUUCUGAUUCGAUUCCAAGACAACUACUUAGAGACCUGAUAGAGUACAACCCUGAUGUUGUACUCAUCCAACUAGAAGGAAAUGACAUCUCAGCGACAUCAUCCCCCAACGACAUUUUCCAGAGACUUCUGACUCUGCAGGUGGACCUACAUCAUGCUGGAAUUCAGGAGGUGUACUUUACAGAGAUUGUGCGACGUGGUAACUUUGACAAGUCCCCAGGCCUGACAGCGACGUCUUUUGAGAAACAACGGAAGAAGAUAAAUCGACUACUGCUGACUAGACUGAGAUACAUCAAGAUUAGAGUUAACUUUCCAGAGGACUAUGACCGUGACCAAGUGCAUUUCAACGACUCAGGACUCAGGACCCAGUUCCAUGCUUUGAGACGACCAUUUUUUGCAUAAUUGAUUGAAAUUGAUAAACACCUUUUAUUAUGUCAUGUUACGCUUUGUAAUUUAUAAUAUGUUUCAAGCAUUUAAUCUUAAAAAUGAUUGAUUUAUUGAUAAUGGGUAAUAGA